GCUUGGCAACCACUAGUCGAUACCAUUCCAUACUUGCAGAUGUUUUAACGCGUAAUUUCUGAUCGUGGCCCUUAUUAACUGUAAUAAUCUUGUUGAAUAUCAAAGGUCUCAGACGCAAAUAUGGGUCUAAUGGACAAAGUGUCGAGCUGGUUGGGCAGCCGGCCGCGCGUGUCAGCGCCGGUGCUCGUGCUGGGGCUGGACCGCGCCGGCAAGACCUCGCUGCUGAAGGCGCUGCGGCCCCCGGACCCCGCGGGUGCUGCGCCCGCUCCCGCGCCGGCGGCCGGGCUUACGCCGCAGAUUGAGCACUUUCAGAGUGGAGGAGUGUCGUUCAGCGCAUGGGACGUGUCGGGAGCGGCGCGCGCGCGUGCGCUGUGGGAGCGCCACUACAGGCGCGCGCAGGCGCUUAUCUUCGUUGUAGACGCCGCUGACCAUCUGAGACUUGUGGUGGCCCGAGAAGAGCUAGAGCUUGUGCUGGCGCACCCAGACAUGAGCGCGCGGCGAGUGCCGCUGCUCGUGCUGGCCAACAAGUCGGACGCGGCGGGCGCGCUGCCGCCGGACCGGCUGGCCGUCGCGCUGUGCCUGGAGCGCGUGCAGGACCGGCCCUGGCACGUGUGCGCCACCAGCGCGCGCGACGCCACCACGCUGCACGACGGGAUUGCGUGGCUGGCCAGACAGGUGCGCGAGCUGCACACGCCUGCGCGGGAUCACUGAGCGACAGCCGAAGACCACCACCGGCUUUGGAGUUCGGCACAUUACUCGUAAUUUGCAGUGGAACCACAAAAUAAUACGUCAUUGAAGAGGCUUAAAAAGUGACAUUCAGACUGCUGCAUUGUUGGAGCAAUGCUUAAGGUUACAUAAGGAUUACUUAUAUUCAUGUUGGCGAUUAGGUUUGUGGUUCUAUGAAUCUGUGAUACCUUUUGCACUUACACUUUCCUUUCACUUAUUUCAAUGAUAAUUCUAGUUAGUAAGAUUUUUU